GUGAUUCUCCUGUUUAUUCUGUACUUCUGGUCAUGUGUGCCGUUCAUUUACGCUGUGUCCUUCAUAUUCUCCUCGCCGUCAAAGGCAAAUGUCCUGCUUAUUCUCUGGCAGUUGGUGGCAGCGUUUGCGGCUAUGCUGAUUAUAUUCAUAAUUAGUUUCGGUGAACUGGUAGAACCAACGCUCAGUGAACUCAUCAGAUCGAUCCUGUUGUGCUUCUUGCCUUCAUUCGCCCUUGGCAACGCUGUGAUGACAGUGGGAACAACCUCGGCCGAGAAACUCCCUCCAAGUAUACUGUGGGAGUGGAAUAUGCUUGGCAAAAAUAUAACGUUUAUGCUGAUAUUUGGCUGUUUCUCUUCGCUGCUGUUUCUGAUGUUCCAAUUCAAAGUGAUACGGUACCGCUGGUUCCAACUUUGGGAUUUGCGAUAUGGGCGGAGGUGUUAUGCUAGGAUUGCCAAUGAUGAGGAGGAUCGAGCAGUGACUGAAGAGCGAGUGAGUGUGCAAGAGUUUGGCGACGACAUGGCGCUGGAAGUGAAGGAUUUGUGCAAAAUGUAUGGACAUCUGAGAGCUGUCGAUGGUCUGACCAUGGGUGUUCGAAAUAGCGAAUGCUUCGGCUUACUUGGUGCAAACGGCGCCGGAAAGACGACAACUUUCGACAUUCUCACUGGGCAGUCUUUUGCUACAUUUGGAACAGCUCGCAUAGAUAAACGGGAUGUGACAGAGCAGAUUCCGAUCGGUUAUUGUCCUCAAUUCGAUGCACUUCUGCUGGAUCUGACCGGAAGGGAAGCUCUCGAGAUUCUGGCUCGAAUGCAUGGUUUUCCUCAACCAGAUGAAAUAACGGAUCUGGUGCUGCGAAACGUCGGCAUGACGGAACACGCUGAUAAGUUGGUGCGAUAUUGCAGUGGUGGACAACGACGUAAAAUCAGUGUCGGUCUUGCGCUGCUUGCCCCAACUCGAAUUAUUAUCCUGGAUGAGCCAACGGCUGGAAUCGAUCCGAAGGCACGUCGUGAGAUUUGGGAGGUGCUGUCGAUGAUGCGCGAUAGCUCGCAGUCGGCCCUUCUACUUACUUCACACAGCAUGGACGAAUGUGAAGCGCUGUGCAGCCGAAUCGCGAUUUUGCAAAAAGGCCGAAUGAUAGCUAUCGGGGACAAAUAUGGAAACAGCUAUACGAUAUCGAUGGUGGCGCCCGGACUGGAAUUUCGCGAUGCGGUCAUUGACGCGGUGGCGAGGGCUUUCCCCAGGGCUGUUUUGAAGACUCCUAAAGGAAGCCUCACGCUCAGCUUGAAAUUCCGAAAUCCGAAACGGAUCGAUGGUCGUCGCUCUUCCGUGACGUCCAAACAUUGGCCUGCAUCACUGCGAGUUGUUGAUUUUUGUGUAACGCAGUCCUCUCUUGAAGAGACUUUCCUAAGGCUCUCACUGGAGAGCGAAGAAGACGACACCUCGAGCAGCUUGACCCGAUGA